AUGUUACGCGAACGGGAACGGGGGAGGAUGCAGCUGCUGCUCUGGUUCCUCGUUUGGUUCGUAUGGAGGGCGAUGGGGACCAUCACGACUCAGCAGUUCUUCGCCCCCCAGAACUGGAACAUGAAGAUCACGUCGCCGAUUCGAGAGCUUCUUGUUCUUUCGGAGCUUCAGUGCGCCAUGGCUUGCAAGCAGAACUCCACGUGCUUGAGUUACUCCGUGACACGCCAUUCCGGGACUUUCACCUGCCGCUUCGGAUACCGAUACGACGAGCUGAGGACUGCCGACGCAGAUAGCAAGUUCUUCUACAGAGAUGUGCCGGCUGGGUUCAACCUGGUGCCAGGUACGAGACGUUACGUGAAGAUGACCGUGAAAAGCAUCGUCGGUUAUGACGCGGCGACUAUGUGCAAGAAUGAAGGCAGCCUACUGGUCUCCUCCACUGACGACGCGGUGCACGACUACACGAAGCAGCUGUGGGCCAAUCGACCGUCUGGGAGCAAUUUCGUGGUCGGUGGGGUGAGCAUCACGAACCAGAACACUUGGAUAUUUCCGGAUGGGUUCAACCUGGUGCCAGGUACGAGACGUUACGUGAAGAUGACCGUGAAAAGCAUCGUCGGUUAUGACGCGGCGACUAUGUGCAAGAAUGAAGGCAGCCUACUGGUCUCCUCCACUGACGACGCGGUGCACGACUACACGAAGCAGCUGUGGGCCAAUCGACCGUCUGGGAGCAAUUUCGUGGUCGGUGGGGUGAGCAUCACGAACCAGAACACUUGGAUAUUUCCGGAUGGGUUCAACCUGGUGCCAGGUACGAGACGUUACGUGAAGAUGACCGUGAAAAGCAUCGUCGGUUAUGACGCGGCGACUAUGUGCAAGAAUGAAGGCAGCCUACUGGUCUCCUCCACUGACGACGCGGUGCACGACUACACGAAGCAGCUGUGGGCCAAUCGACCGUCUGGGAGCAAUUUCGUGGUCGGUGGGGUGAGCAUCACGAACCAGAACACUUGGAUAUUUCCGGAUGACACCAACCUGACCGUCACCGGGGUAGGUGAAGCUGGCUUCUGUUCCACCGAACCCAAUGGUGGCGUUCCUGGCUAUUGCCUGCACUUUUGGCUUCACGACCCCGUUCCUUGCUGGGCCGACUCUCCUUGCAGCGGAAACUAUGACGGAUACAUCUGCGAAAUCAAAGUGCCGAAUUGAUACGGACCCGAGGAGCCCCUUGUCUGGGGACAAACGCGAGACGAAAUCUGUUCUGGUCGUUGAUCGACGAAUUCCGAGCACGAUGUUCUGGUUACUUUUCACGUUCUUGCGCGCAUUGCACAUUCUAUUAUUAUUCGUAUUAUUGCAAUAUCAUCCGG